CAUGUAUAUCUACCUCCUUCGCGCCUUUCAUACGCUCGAGAAAAUUACUUCUUAAAUAUAUCUCCAUCGUUGCUCUCGGCGCGCACACACAUCUCACACACAUUUUGUGUGAAGUACACAAGUGAAACGGUGUUCUAAUCACAAUGACGGUGUAAAUUGUUCAACAGCAGAAAAAAAAAACGACGACGACGACGACGACGAAGAAUCAUAUAGAAUUUCACACACAGAAUUUUCAUUCCUUUUUACACAAGACCCACUAUAAACCACCAAAAGAAGAAAUAAAUCAACAAACAAACGUAAAAUUACUAUUUUCUUAGAAAACCCAGAUCAUAAACCUUAAAGUGAACCACAUCGAAAUUGAUGCUGACUUGAAAAUAACAGUCCCAUUUGUUCGGAGCUUCCGAAUAUUUUAGUGGACGAGAGAGAGAGAGAGUGAGUGAUUUUUUUUCGGUGUGUGUAUUUCAAAAUCCUUGUCAUCACGCGCUUCGCCGAAAAUCUAUUAAAAAUAUUUAUGAAUUUAGUGUGUUGUUUUUUUCUUCGGAACUGUUGACGACGAAAACGACGACAACGAUGGCGCAUUUAAAUAUAAUUCACUUUAACGAUAUCUACAAUGUGGAACCAAAUUCAUCGCGUGAACCGGUUGGUGGAGCGGCCCGAUUUCUAACCGUAAUCAAAUCAUACGCCAAUUUAAACCCUUUAAUUUUGUUUUCUGGUGAUGCAUUCUCCCCAAGCAUACUAAGUACAUUUACAAAAGGUGAGCAAAUGAUUCCGGUGUUGAAUAAAGUCGGAACUCAUUGUGCAGUGUUAGGAAAUCAUGACUUUGAUCAUGGACUUGAGGUGAUAACAGAACACAUAGCUAAAACGUCAUUUCCAUGGCUCAUGAGCAAUGUUGUGGACAAUGAGACCGGUCGACCGUUAGGUAGCGGUAAAAAUACGCAUGUCAUCGAACACAAUGGCAUCAAAGUUGGUAUAAUGGGACUGGUGGAAAAGGAAUGGUUAGAUACAUUGCCAACUAUUGAUCCGAAGGAGGUAACGUACACUGAUUUUAUCAAAACAGGCAACAAAUUGGCGACUCAACUUCGGAAUGAGGGCUGUGACUUGAUAAUAGCUUUAACGCAUAUGCGAACACCAAAUGACUUCAAAUUAGCUAACAAUACAAGUGGGAUCGACAUCAUUCUCGGUGGUCACGAUCAUGUAUGUGAAGAUGAUGUGGUGAAUGGUAUACAUGUCAUAAAAUCCGGAACGGAUUUUCGACAAUUUGGCUUAAUCACAAUGACCGCAGGCGAUGAUAAAAAAUGGGCGACCACAUUCAAAGCAAUCGAUGUGACAUCCGACUAUGCUGAAGAUGUUGAACUAAAGGCGGAACUGGCCAAAUUCACUGAUUCAAUUGAAGAACAUAUGAAAGAAGUGCUUGGUACAUUUUCGGUUGAAUUGGAUGGACGGUUCUCGAAAAUUCGAACGAGCGAAGUAAAUUUAGGCGAUUGGGUGUGUGAUGUUGUACUAUCGGCCACUGGCGCUGAUGUUGUUAUUCUGAAUUCGGGCACAUUUCGAUCGGAUCAAGUGCAUCCGGCUGGACCAUUUACGAUGCGUGAUCUUGUCAAUGUUGUUCCGAUGCAUGAUCCAUUGGUUGUUCUUGAAGUGACCGGCCGGGCUAUAGUUGAUGCGCUAGAAAAUGCUGUUUCAGCCUAUCCAAAGUUGGAAGGACGAUUUCCACAAGUAUCGGGCAUUUCAUUUGUAUUCGAUCCAAAACGGCCACCAUACUCUCGUGUCAUUACCGAGCUGGUACAGGUUGCCGACGAAUGGCUUGAUCUUAAACAAACCUAUUCACUGUGCAUCAAGAGCUAUAUGCGUGGCGGAUGCGACGGAUUCACCAUGUUUAAAAAUUCAAAAAUCAUUAUGGGUGAAGAUGAGUGUCCCGAACUUGGAUUAACUCUGCAAAAUCAUUUCCGUGCCAUCGAUGUUCGAAUGGGUAAAACAAAGCACUCAAAGCAUCGUCAAUCACUGGUAACGCUAUCACGUCGUCACAGUAUGGUUCAAAUGUUGGAAAAUCUGGAAUUGGACGGGCCGACGCCAAUGCGACGCAUUUCAUUGAGCAGCGCACCAAAUACGAAUCAUUAUCUGCAUCAUUUGCAGCAACAUCAAUCAACGAGAACAAUGGAUGCAUCGAUGAGACGAGCUAAUUUUGGUCGUCGUGCAUCAUUAGAAGACUUGGAGCAAGAAAGUUGUCAACUAGCUCCAGCCACCCACCAUCGAAUUAUCCAGUUACAAAACGAAGAGCAUCUGCAGCUGUUGCUGCAGAAGAAAGCCAUUUUAGAGACGAAUCGCAGUGUGAUCACCGAAGACGAUGAAACAUCGCCACAAACUUAAAAGCAACCGAGUUUCAAGUGUGCGACCGAGGCAAUUUCGUUGCAUAGUGUCAAAGUGAUGCUAUGAAAUUGCUAUCAAUUCUUCCAAUUAGUAGUUUCUAUUAACAACAAUAACAACACUACUGCUAAUUAGCGCUAUCACAAUCGCUAACCUUCAUAAACACGACCAUUUGAACGGGUCCAUAUGAACAAAAUAAGUACACACGCUCACACACAUAGAUUGAGUUCACGUCGAUAUUGUUCCAAAUUAAUUGUUCAUUGUAUGUCCUACGACAUGGAUGUAAGAAGCGAAACUGAAUCCAACCAAAAUAUUUGGACCGCUCUCUGAUUCGCCAAAUGCGUGCUUUGGUCACCAUUUUCUCAGCUUGAACAAUGUAUUCCCUUUUGUUGUUGUUGCGAUUUCUAUUAGAAUUCCAAAUUGUAAACUGCACAGAAAGAAAUGUGUAAUAAGUAAGAGGGGAAAAACGGGUAAACGGAUAGAAAAUGAACAAUUAACUGAAUACAAUCAUAAACAAUGGAUAUAAAUGAACAAAUAACUCUAUCGAAAAAUAAACUGAAUAAAUGAAAUGAUUCAAUCAAUGAAAUCGACAGUAUCAAUUAGAUAAAUGAAUGGGUGAUCGUUUAUUCAAAGCAAAGAAAACAAACAAACCAACAUACACAUAAUAAUAUGUUAAUUUAUUCUCGUAUGCAACAAUGAAGCGAAUAGAUGAAAGAAUGUACAUUCAUAUGGAAAGGAAAUUGUUAGUAUAUGUAUAUGUACUAUGAAGCUUUAUUUCGCCACAACAAGAAAAAACAAACAAACCUAGAGGCGCUAAUAGAUAUUUUAGGUAUUUAAAAGCGACGAUAUAGACAAAAGAUAUGAUAUAUAUUUAUUUUUGCGAUUAAGCUACAAUUUCAUGUCACAUAUUUAUUCAAAACUAAAAAACAACAAACAACUAUUAUUUUACUAACUAAAUUAUCAGAAGACCGAACAGAGACUCAUAAUUUUAAUAUGUACAUAUAAAAUGAUACAAAUUUUAAUUUAAUGUUUUCAUAGACGCAAAACUAGUAAUUUAAACUAUAACAAAAAAAAUCACACAAAGUUUUUAAAAAUGCAAUGUCUAUUGGAUGCAAUGAAAAUCCAACAAAUCCGAUUUUGAUCAACUGAAUCGAAUUUUAAAUUGAACUGGAAUGAAUAACAGACAAGAAGAAACAAAAAAAAAUUAGUUUACACUACCCACUAAUCGACAAAUGUUAAUUUUUAUGCAAAACAAGAAUAAAAAGAAGCUCAAGUAUA